AUACACAGAUAAAAUCGUAAUUCAGCCAACUACAGUUCUCAAGAAGGCAGUGAAUGUUAAGACCUAAAAAAUUCUUAAUUACAAAAGUCGAAGUUGUUUCCUCUAAAUGAAAUGAUAAGUAUGCACAAGGUAGAGAUUGUUAAUAAAAACCUAAAAAAAUGUCAGGGUAUUCCAGUUAUAAUAGAAACGUGCAUUAAGCAAAUAUUAACCGAAACGAACUCCGACUCAAGGUAAAAAAUUGGAAAUUUUUUAUAAAUCUAUUAACAAAAAUUCAAAAAUUAAUUAUGAAACUGAUAUUGUUAAUGUUAGCAUUGUAUGCUACGACUUUUGCUGAUGCCAAGAGCUUACAAAAAAAAGUAAUCUACAAACCAACAAAUGCAAGUGCUACAUGUGCUAACCAACCCGAUGGAAUGGUACUUAAACAUGCAACAGAUUGUAAUAAAUUUAUUUUAUGCAUACACCAUAAUGCCCUGGAGUACAGUUGCAGACCAGGAGAAUAUUUUGAUGCCGACGUAUCUAUCUGCUUACCAAUAGAAAAUACGCCACAACAUAAGUGUAGUUGCAUCAUGCCAGAGCAUACAGUAGUUAUGAAUCCGGAGGAUUGUACGACUUUCUAUUAUUGUGAGAGUGGUAAAGCAGUAAUGCAUCGUUGCCCUAUUGGCCAGUUUUAUGACGAACGUAUAAGUGCCUGCUUAGUUGAUGUAAAUGGUAUAUGUGUAAUGCAACCUACACGGAACCCAGCAGAAAUGGUUCUAUUACAAUUGUGUCAAUAUUCUGGAAAGGAAAGUUACAUAACUCAAGCUGAUCCUAGUGAUUGUAGCAAGUUUCUCUUGUGUAUGAACGGAAAGGUUUUUACUGAAAAAUGUGAUAAUGGUUUUUAUUAUGAUAAAUAUUUGCAUUUCUGUCGUUUGGAUACGGAUAAUAUAUGUAUAAAGUCAAAUAUAACUAAAAUCGAGAAACAUGAAGAAGAUAUAGAACAACAAGAAUUACUGAAGAAUAUUGAAGUUAAUCAAAUUGAAGAUACGCACGAUCAUACCAAAUUAAUGGAGAAACCAAUCAAAAAUUUAGUUGACAUAACUGAGCAUAUAGCUGCAUAUGAGAAAGAAAACCAAACAAAUAUUAUUUUGGACGUUAUUUCUGAUAACGUAAUUGAAUCAAAAGAAAUUAUAAAAGCUGAAGUUGACAGUAAUAAAAAUAGUGCACAUAUAGAUCCUAUAAAUUCAAACCAAAAUGUAAUUAACAAACCCGUUUCUGACAAAUUAUACUCAAAAUUUAUUAAUUUUUAAUUAAGUAACAAAUUGUUAUAAAUUGAACUACUACAAAAAAAUCACUGUCUGACCACAACAAUAGUUUUACAAGAAACUUCUUCAAAUAACAUACCUU